UGCUCCCUACCCAGUCAGCUCCACACCGGCUUCAGGGAGCAUCCAUUGAAUGCGGACUGGGAUGCUGAAUUAAAACAUCUCACCUUUUAUAUAUCAGACUUUUCAGCUUUCACUUAAGUAUAGUUCUUAGUUCAGUGUUUCGGUUCGUAGUAAUAUUUCAUAAAGAUGUCUGUGGUGGGAUUUGAUGUUGGUUUUAUGAACUGCUAUAUCGCAGUAGCCCGAGCAGGAGGCAUUGAGACUGUAGCUAAUGAAUACAGCGACCGCUGCACACCAGCAUGUGUAUCUUUCGGACCGAGAAAUCGCUCCAUAGGUGCAGCCGCAAAAAGCCAGGUGGUGACUAACUGUAACAACACAGUCCAGGGAUUUAAGCGUUUCCAUGGCCGGGCUUUCUCAGACCCAUUUAUUCAGAAAAUGAAGUCAAGUCUUGUUUAUGAGCUUUCACAAAUGCCCAUAGGAACAACAGGAAUAAAGGUUAUGUACAUGGAAGAGGAAAAGGUGUUUAGCAUCGAGCAAAUAACAGCAAUGCUUCUAACCAAACUGAAAGAGACUGCAGAAAAUGCUCUGAAAAAGCCAGUGGCAGACUGUGUUAUAUCAGUUCCUUCUGUUUACACGGAUGCCGAGAGGAGAUCGGUUAUGGAUGCAGCUCAGAUUGCGGGACUCAACUGUUUGCGGCUCAUGAAUGAAACUACUGCGGUGGCUUUGGCAUAUGGGAUUUACAAACAGGACCUCCCUGCCCCUGAGGAGAAGCCCAGGAAUGUGGUGUUUGUAGAUCUCGGCCAUUCAGGCUACCAGGUCUCUGUGUGUGCCUUUAAUAAAGGCAAGCUGAAGAUUCUUGCUACAGCAUUUGACUCUCAUUUGGGAGGUAAAGACUUUGAUGAAGUGCUUGUAAACCAUUUCUGUGAGGAGUUCGGAAAAAAGUACAAGCUAGACGUGAAGUCCAAGCCACGGGCUCUCGUUCGCCUCUAUCAGGAGUGUGAAAAACUCAAAAAGCUCAUGAGUGCCAAUUCCUCUGAUCUGCCUCUUAAUAUUGAGUGCUUUAUGAAUGACAUUGACGUCUCUGGGCGUCUGAACAGAGGUCAGUUUGAAGAGAUGUGUGCUGACAUUCUGGCCAGAGUCGAGCCUCCCCUACACAGUGUAAUGGAACAGGCUAACCUGAAAAACGAGGACAUUUGUGCUGUGGAAAUCAUCGGAGGUGCUUCCAGAAUACCAGCAGUUAAAGAGCAAAUCAGCAAAUUCUUUGGGAAGGAACUGAGCAUGACCCUGAAUGCAGAUGAGGCCGUGGCCAGAGGAUGUGCCCUUCAGUGUGCCAUCUUGUCUCCUGCAUUUAAAGUGCGUGAGUUUUCCAUAACUGAUGUAGUUUCCUACCCAAUUUCUCUGAAAUGGAGCUCUGCAGCAGAGGAUGGUGUUAGUGAAUGUGAGGUGUUCCCAAAGAACCACGCAGCUCCAUUCUCCAAAGUGUUAACGUUCUACAGGAAAGAACCCUUCUCUUUGGAAGCUUACUACAACAGCCCCAAAGAACUGCCCUACCCAGAUCCUACAAUAGGACAGUACAUGAUCCAAAAGGUCGUGCCCCAAGCCAAUGGUGAGAGUUCAAAAGUGAAAGUAAAGGUGAGAACAAACAUCCAUGGCAUCUUCAGCGUGUCCAGUGCAUCAUUAGUGGAGGUGCUGAAGAGUGAAGAGGCAGAAGAGCCCAUGGACACAGAACAGAAUCCAGCACAGGCUACAGAAAAGGAGGAAGAGAAUAAAAUGCAGGUGGAUGAAGAUCAACAGAAGGCUCAGGAUGAUGCUGAAAAAGAGAAUGGAGAGAAAAAAGCUGAAGCAGAGGAGAUGGAGGCAUCAACAGAAGAAGGAAAACAGGAUAAGAAGUCAGAUCAGCCUCCACAAGCUAAAAAACCUAAAGUGAAAACUAAAGUACUGGACCUUCCUGUUGAAAACAAUCCACAGUGGCAGCUGGCGAUAGAGAUGCUUAAUCUGUUUGUUGAAAACGAGGGGAAAAUGAUCAUGCAAGACAAGCUUGAAAAAGAACGAAAUGAUGCCAAAAACAAUCUGGAAGAGUAUGUGUAUGAGAUGAGGGACAAACUGCAUGGCAUGUUCGAGAAGUUCAUCAAUGAGAAUGACAGAGACGCUCUCUCAUUAAGACUGGAGGAUACAGAAAACUGGCUAUAUGAAGAUGGAGAGGAUCAACCUAAGCAAGUGUACAUCGACAAGCUUGAUGAAUUAAAGAAAUUUGGCCAACCCAUCCAAGACAGAUACACAGAGUCUGAGGAGCGACCGAAAGCUUUUGAAGAGCUGGGGAAACAACUUCAGCAGUACAUGAAGAUUGUAGAGGCCUUUAAAAUAAAGGAAGAGCAGUAUGAGCAUUUGGAUGAAGCAGAGAUUCAGAAAGUGGACAAGAUGGUGAGUGAGGUGAUGAUCUGGAUGAAUAGCAAAAUGAACCAGCAGAGCAAACAGAGCCUCACUGUGGAUCCAGUGGUGAAAGCUGCAGAGAUCACCGCAAAAACAAGGGAGCUGUUUUCCACCUGCAAUCCCAUUGUAACCAAACCCAAGCCUAAAAUAGAAGUGCCAAAAGAGGACACACCAGCAGAACAAAACGGACCGGUCAAUGGACAGGAGAACGCCGAAGCCGAGCCCAGCACUGACAAAGUGCCCACGAAUGGUGCAGAAGCCAGCGAUUCAAAACCUGAUAUGGAUCUCAACUAAGAGGACUGAGUUGUCACAUUUCCCAGUCACUCCAGAUCAUUCCAUGUUCCCAGCCAGAGGGUUUUUCGCAGCCAGAAUGAUAAUCGGCCACAUGAUGCAUGUGCUUUCAUUUUGUAAAAAAAAAAAAAAAAAAAAAAAAAUGCAAUAAACCUGUUCAUUGCUAUUCUAUUGUUGUGUGUGUAUAUGAAUGAGUACACCAACUGUUAUGUACUCUUACUGGGACUGUGGCAAAUGUUGGGUUUUAAUAAAUAUGAACGUUAAAUUGUUA